AUGAGACUGCAGAUCAGCCAUAUUGUCGGGCUCUUUGCCCUUGGAGCGAAUGCCCAAAAUGAUACCCUCGGUCUUGCUGAUGGAUACACAUCCUUGUCGACUGCAAACUUCGACAUCAAACUGGUGAAAGACUCCCAAACCCUUGCGUCUCUCAAGCCAUCCGGCGACAACUUUGACUUCCUUCCGUUUGACGAUAUCACAUAUCGGGCAGGGAAUGGACAAUAUCACAACGGAGACAUCACAUACCGCUAUCGCAAAUUGGGAGAUACACAAUGGAUCUCAGGUGAUUCUUCCAACGCUCGAAAGAGUAUCAAGGCAGUGAAAAAUGCAGCUCUCGCAGCGGCAGAUCUUACUUCGACACUACCAGCCAACUCCCCACUACACAUUCUGCGCAAGUGGACAGAUAUCGACGGCGACCUGGCCUUAUCAUUCACCAUCACAAACAUCGGGAACAGCAGUUUAGAGAUCGGUAGCCUCGGCUUCCCGACCGAAUUCAAUAGCAUCUUCAGCAAUCGGACGGCAGAAGAGAUGUCCGCUAAAUGCUCGCUCGCCGAUCCUUAUAUCGGUCUAGACGCAGGGUAUAUCCAGGUCACACCGACAUCCGGGACAGGGGCGGCGUUGAUCGUCACGCCGUUACUGAAUACCAGCACACCCUUUGAGGCGUGGAGAAAUCUGGACGAACCUAGUACAGAGCCCCUCUACUAUGGUAGUCAGACAUUUGAGGGUUUCUAUGAAUGGCAGGUUCAUACCAAGGCCUACGCUGAAGAUGAAUGGACAGACGUCACGCCUUGGAAUGAGCCGAGCUCUAAGAUUCUAAAGGCGGAUCAGUCGGUCACGUAUGGGCUUCGGUUCUCUGUUGUUAAAGAUGGCCCUCGCGGGAUCCAGAAAGCGGUUCAAUCAACCAAUACGCCGAUGACGAUUGGAGUUCCUGGGUAUGUGGUGCCGGUCGAUUUGACGGCUCAACUAUACGUGUUUCAUUUGGGCAUUUCCAAGGUCACGUCGGACGACGAUGCGUUUAAGAUCGAGAACCAGAAUGGGACACUCUUGCUGACGCCUACUGGCUCGGUCUGGGGACGAACAAAGGUGACCAUCACCUAUGACGACGGCAAGAUCCAAACAAUACACUACUUUAUCACGGAGUCCCUGCCGUCGGUGAUCAGCAAGUUGAGCGAGUUCUCGACCACAUCGAUGUGGUACAAUGACACGGAAGAUCCCUUUGGUCGGUCUCCGUCUGUGAUAACAUGGGAUCAUGCCAGCAAAGCACAAGUCCUCCAGGAACCCCGAGUCUGGAUUUCAGGGUUAAGCGACGAGGGCGGCGUUAUCUACCUCGCAACAGCAAUAAAGCAAUUCGGUCUAGCCGAUCGCUCAGAAAUCGCCAAACUCGAAGAAUUCGCCAACGAGGUCCUGUCGAAGAAUAUUCAGAACUCGGAUUUCACCGUCCGCAAGAGCAUUUUCUUCUACGAACCUUCCAAGAUCCCCGGCUACCAAUACGACCAAUCAAUCGACUGGGGCAACUGGUGGUCCUGGAACAAAGAAGCCUCGUACGCUACAGAUCGCGCAUAUGACUACAUCCAUGUGAUUGGCGCAUACUGGGCGCUCUACCGUGCCGGACGGGAUGAUGCCUCUGUCUUGAAUGUCCACACUUGGCAAUGGUAUCUUAGCCAAGCAUAUAAUACGACAGUCACUUGCUUCGCGACGGACUCGAAUGGGGAAGGACUGAUCGGCUACUCGCGUUUGGGAUUAAUGGGCGAGACUGUUGUCGGGGAGCUGCUUGCUGAUCUCCGCCGUGAGGGAUGGACCGAUGAGGCGGAUGCCGUGGAAGCGGCGAUGAAGCUUCGAGCUGAGAGGUGGGAUUCUGAGGCUGAGCCGUUUGGGAGUGAAAUGGCCUGGGACUCGACAGGUCAAGAGGGGAUCUAUUACUGGAGCAACUAUUUCAACCUCAAGAACACCGCCACCAAAACCAUCAACAGCAUCAUUGGCUUUAUGCCAACUGUUUCCCACUGGGGCUGGAAUGGAAAUGCACGACGAUACUGGGACUUUAUCUACGGCGGCAAACUCCAACGCAUCGAACGAAUGAUCCACCACUACGGUUCGUCACUAAAUGCCCUCCCGCUUCUCUCGCAAUUCCGCCAAACCCCCAACGACACCUAUCUCCUCCGCGUCGGCUACGGGGGCAUCAGCGGUCCACUCAGCAACAUCCGCGCCGACGGCUCGGUGUACAAUGGCUUCCACUCGUUCCCCGACACACUCCGCGGCGACGACUACUCCGGCGACUACGGUCCUAAUUUCCUCGGAGUCAUGCUGGGGUCGGGUGUUUAUGUGGUUGAGGAUCCCGAUGUCGGGCUUUUGGCGUAUGGAGCGAACUUGGAGGAUCGCGGUGGUGUUAUCACGGUAUAUCCACGAGAUGCGGUACGGCGCCGUGUGUACAUCGCCUCCAUGGGUGUUUAUGUUAGUAUGAGUGCUGGGCAGAUUGAGAGGGUUUCUUUUGAGAAGGGUGGGGGUGAUGUGGUGUUGCGGGUUGUUUCUGGGCCUGCUGGCGCGGAGAAGGUGGUUGUUUGGGUUGAGAUGCCUGGUACGGAGGAUGAGUUUGAUGUUUCGGGGGAUGUGCAGAGGGUGCGGGGUGGGUGGCAGGUUGAGCUUGGGGAUGGGGAGGUAGACGUUACCGUUUCUAGGCAGUAG